UCCCAGGGUGACGCUCCCCAGUCCCCCUGCCCCCCACCCCGGCAUCAUGCAUCGUACAACACGGAUCAAAAUCACCGAGCUGAACCCUCACCUCAUGUGUGCCCUCUGUGGGGGGUACUUUAUCGAUGCCACUACCAUCGUGGAGUGCUUGCAUUCCUUCUGCAAAACCUGCAUCGUGCGCUACCUGGAGACCAACAAGUACUGCCCCAUGUGUGAUGUGCAAGUCCACAAAACCCGGCCGCUGCUGAGCGUCAGAUCUGACAAAACCCUUCAAGACAUCGUCUACAAAUUGGUCCCUGGGCUUUUUAAAGAUGAGAUGAAGCGACGGCGGGAUUUCUAUGCUGCGUGCCCUCUGACAGAAGUCCCCAAUGGCUCCAACGAGGACCGCGGUGAGGUUCUGGAGCAGGAGAAGGGAACUCUGAGUGACGACGAGAUUGUCAGCCUCUCCAUUGAGUUCUACGAAGGUGGCAGGGACCGGGAGGAGAAAAAAGGCCCCUUGGAGAAUGGGGAUGGUGACAAGGAGAAGCAGACUGGGGUGCGCUUCCUGCGAUGCCCGGCAGCCAUGACCGUCAUGCAUCUUGCCAAGUUUCUCCGCAACAAGAUGGAUGUGCCCAGCAAAUACAAGGUUGAGGUUCUCUAUGAGGACGAGCCGCUGAAGGAAUACUACACCCUCAUGGAUAUUGCCUACAUCUACCCCUGGCGGCGGAAUGGCCCUCUUCCCCUCAAGUACCGGGUCCAGCCAGCCUGCAAGCGGCUCACCCUGCCCACAGCGCCCACCCCCUCUGAGGGCACCAAUACCAGCGGGGCAUCCGAGUGUGAGUCAGUCAGCGACAAGGCUCCCAGCCCUGCCACCCUGCCGGCCACCUCCUCCUCUCUGCCCAGCCCAGCCACCCCCUCCCAUGGCUCUCCCAGCUCCCAUGGCCCACCGGCUACCCACCCUACCUCCCCUACUCCCCCUGCCACAGCCAGUGGGGCCACCACAGCUGCCAACGGGGGCACCUCGAACUGCCUGCAGACACCAUCCUCCACCAGCAGGGGGCGCAAGAUGACUGUCAACGGAGCUCCUGUGCCCCCCUUAACUUGAGGAAAGGGACCCUUUCCCUCCUUUUCCAGCCAUGCCUCUCCACCCCUCUACUUUUUCUGGGCCCCCUUUUCCACCUCUUCUACUUUCCCCAGCUCCUCCCACCUUAGGGGUGGGGGACAGGUUUUAUAAAUAAAUCUAUAUAUAUAUGUACAUAGGAAAAACCAAAUAUACAUACUUAUUUUCUAUGGACCAACCAGAUUAAUUUAAAUGCCACAGGAAACAAACUUUAUGUAUGUGUGUGUGUAUGUGUGGGGGCAAGGUAUUCAUUUUUAGGGGGUGUUGUGUAAUUUGCUCUCUUUUGGGGGGGUGCCUGGAGGUGAAUUAGAGGGGCCACUUUAGGCUUGAUAAAGCUCUGCCUCAUCCCUCUGCUGUUUCCCAAGGCAUAUGGGGUGUUGGGGGGCCCCCAGCAGCCCCCAGAGCUUUAGGCACAACUCUUAACUGGCUGUGUAUGGGGCCCACCCUGUUUCUCUCCCCAUCUUGGCUGCUGUCCUGCCCUGACCCUGACCAGUAUCCCCGCCACACCCCCACCCCCACCCCACCCCCACCCCCCACCAUAGUUGAAUGUCCAGAGAAUUGCUAAGACAGUGCCUUUUACAAAUGCAGUUUAUCCCCCUGGUUCUGAGGAGCAAGUGGGCAGUGGAGAUGGCAUCUCCCUCACCUCCUCUUGCAGUGGAAACUUUGUGUAAAGAAUAGAUAGUUCUGCUUUUUUCUUCUUUUUUUCCUGUGUGUGUGACCUUUGCAUCAUUUAUCUUGUGGAAAAGAAGAUUCAGGGCACAGGAAGCCUCAGCCCUUGAAAUUCCACUGUGGUGUUAGCACCGUGAACUGCUCCACUAGGCUCUUCCCUGCCCCACCUAGGAGCCCACACUAGCAAAGCCGGCGGUAAAGUCUCACUUGGGGGCCUGAAGUGGAGAGGUGGAGUGAGGUUAACCUCAGAUAAGCACAGACCCCAGAUUUUGCCAAAGGCAAUAGUCCUCCAGUCCCCUCCCCAGCCCCAGCUGAGGCCAAGUCAGGAAAGAGCGACAGAGGCACCUGAAAGCACAAGAAACAGAAACCCGUAAGAUCUGACCUCAGCUCCAUCCAGAGAAUUCAAGCGGUCCGUCCCCUGAGGGGGCCGAUCCCUGCCCACCUGUCCUUCCUCCAGUAUAUGGAGUCACGUAUGGAGGGGAGGAGGCAGGACUCUCAAAACCGAGGUGUUUGGGGUUGAGUUUGUCUGUGUCUGCAUCUUGUCCUGUGGCUGUGCCCUCCUGCCCUGGGACAUCUGUAUCUUCUGCUUUGUAAUAAAUGCUGCAUACUUUC